CUCGAGCCGGUCUUCAGCACCCAGUCGGCAGCCGUCAAUCAGUGGGAUGCCAAAGUACACCAAAAUUGUGACAUGAUAAAUCUUUUGCCGUGGCAACUGGAGGUCGCCCUGCGGGAGCAAUCUGUGCUGGAAGAUUCGGUACGCACCGUUGGCCUCGUGCUGGACGAGAUGGCCCAAUCAAUCAGCGCCCUGGAGCGAUGCCCACAGGAACUGCCGUCGUCGUCAGCGGCCUCAGCAAGUUCAUCAAACUCAUCGCAGCGAAACUGUUGCCGGAAUGUGUUCGCUGAACGGAACAACUUCUACCGUCUGUUGACGGAGGUUGCCCACCGGAUGGACCACUCGAUGGCACGUGACUGGCAGCCAAGUGUCGACCGGUUGCGCUCGGAGCUGGACGAUUUCCGGCGAACUUGCGAAAAGCACUACCAUCCCAUCGUCGCCGUAAUGGCCGCUCACACCGAGAUCCUGACCGGCCUGGAGUCACAACUGGAUGCCACCGAGCGCCGGUUGGCGACCAACGGGGAACAAAUCCGUAAGCUGGGACCGGCUGGCGACCGGCAAGGGAAGUCAUGGCGCGAACUGUUCGGAAAACUUCUCGGAACGAAGUGAGAAGACACUUCAAAGCAAAUUAAUCCCCUUUUGUGGACGGCCCCGAAGCAGAACGGUUUUGUGGCCCAUCUGCUUAACAGGACAUAACAAUUAUCCGAUGCUGUCAUCCAAGAUAAUGUCGGCGCAAAUCUGGAUGCAUUCGCAAAAUGACUCCGCAGCAUUGUUCAGCACUGAUUGCCGUCACUGUGUCCUUUUCAA